AUUUUAUUGAAAAAAUAGAUUAAAAAAAGUAUGAACAGCAAACAUGCUGAACUGGGACAGAGAAUUACAGAAAGAAAGAAAGAAAGAAGCAAAGCAACAGCUGCACUUGUGCUACCUUCAUCACCUCCACUUUCUCUCUCUCACCGUUUCUCCAUCAACACUCCACCUCUCUUCACGUGACUCCCCAUCCUUCUUCCCUUUUUCUUAGGGUUUUCUCAACUGCAAUUUUGAUUACAUUCCACCGGCAGAUUUCCUUGAUCCGCCCAAAUCCCAAGCAGAUCCGACAAACUGAUUCCUUUCCAAACUUUUAUUGCACUACAACUUGCCUCUGAUUUCGUGAUUACGUCCAAUCAGGUUGGUUUACUGGUGGUCGUUCUAUCGAAUUUGACUUCCGUACGGGUAAGUCAACAGGUUGGCGUACAGGAAUAGAAGAGAAUAUUAACUUGUGGUUAGGUUCGAAUUUGACAACAAUUUGGGCAUAUUUUAUGCUUUAACUAUUAGUGGAUCUGGUGAUUUCGAAAUAUUCUUAGCUGGUGAGGUUUCUGAUGCUUACACGGUUGAUAUAUAUUAAAUUGGAGUGUUUUCAUCGGAAAUAAGCUGAUUUCUGAGGCUUUAUGGCAUCAAAUUAGAAGUUGGAAUUGAAUUGAUGGUGUUUUACGGGAAUGGGAUUGAAUUGGGGAACAAUGGUCGUUGAAAGAGUUAGGUAGCCAAAAUGCCUGCUUCACCAGCAAUGAGAUUUUCUCCAGGGAGGGAAUCAAGGGCUGAUAAUCACAAGAGAGGUCGUAGUCUUGAGAACGGAGUAGUUUUCAAAGAGAGAGAUGAUGAUCUUGCUUUAUUCAAUGAGGUGCAAAGUAGAGAACAAGACAAUUUCUUGCUUCAGUCUAAUGAUGAUUUUGAAGAUACUUUCGUGACCAAGUUGAGCGAUUUUUCUGAUCACAAGCUUGGAAUAAACAUUGCUACUAGAGGAGAAAGUAGUGACUUCCUCAAUACAGAAGAGGAAAAGAACGAUUAUGAAUGGUUAAUAACUCCACCUGAUACCCCUCUGUUUUCCUCAUUGGAUGAUGAGACAACUCAAGUUAUUCUUCCACAGAGGGGAAGGCCACGUGCUCAACCCAUCUCACUCUCAAGAUCAUCCACAAUGGAAAAGAAUCACAGAAGUAGUAGAAGUAGUCCAAGCCCAAAUCGCCUAACCCCAUCUCCACAAUCUAGUAAUAUCACAUUUCAGCCUCCCACUAGAUCAAAGAGACCAUCUUCCCCAUCAAGUAAACCUUCAACACCACCUCCAGCUUCACGAAGAUUAAGCACAGGAUCCAGUUCCACUAUUACCAAGGGUAUUUCGGGUAUUUCACCUGUGAAGACAACAAGAGGAAACUCAGCUUCACCCAAGAUAAGGGCAUGGCAGGCGAACAUUCCUGGUUUUUCCACAGAAGCACCUCCAAAUCUGAGGACAUCUUUGGCUGAUAGACCUGCAUCAUAUGUACGUGGGUCCUCACCAGCUUCUAGAAGCAGUAGACAAUCAAUGUCACCUACUCCUUCUAGAAGCAUCAGUUCAUCUCAUAGUCAUGAUAGAGAUAGAUUUAGCCCAAGGAGUAAAGGGUCAAUUGCGUCUUCUGCUGAUGAUGAUGUUGAAAUUGAAUCUCUUCCAUCUGUUAUUGUUGUUCAUGGCUCUGAAAGGUUGAAUUCAAGGAAACUCGGUGGAUUUCAGAAUAAUAAUAAUAAAGCUUCUUUUUCACAAAAGACAAACAGAACAGUUUCUUCUAACUCUGCUCCUAAAAGAUCAUUUGACAUGGCACUUCGACAAAUGGAUAAUAAAAGAGUUCCUCAAAAUAUGUUCAGACCACUACUCACCAGUGUCCCUAGUUCAACAUUUUAUGCUGGAAAAUCAACUCCUGUUUGGAAUUCUUCUGUGACAAGUUCUGAUCUACCCACAACUUAUGCACAUGAAAUUCAAGAAACUCAACUAAAUGAUGAUGAAGCAACAAGUGGAUCAUGUGUAAAGUUGCAAGAUUCUUCUUCCUCUUCUUUUCUUGAUGAUCAAGUAUCUAUAUUCAAAAAAACCGAUUCUUUGAAUGAAGAUAUGGGGAAUGAAAUUGAAACCCAUGAAAUUUCACCAACUCCUCAGUUUGGUGAUUUGAAAGAUGGGUUUGAAAAUCUUGCAGAUUGUGAUACUGAAACUUGUGUAGUUUUAGAUGAUGAUUUUAAAGACACAGAAGUUGAAACCCUAAAGGAUAUGUUACUUUGUUCUAGAUGUGGUUGUAGAUACUCUAAUGAUUUCAUACAAUCAGAAAAAGAAAUCAAACUUUGUGAAAGUUGCCAAAAUUCGUAUUCAUCAUUGAAGCCUCAAGCAGAAGAAGUCAACAUGUCAGAUGAAGAUCAUGAAUCAUUCAACACAAUGAAGCCUCAAAUGAAUCCAGUUGUUGAAGUUGAAGUUGAAGUUGAAUCCCUUGAAUUGAGUCCAUUUGAACAACAUGAAGAUGUAGUAGUUAAAGAAGCGACAGAAGUCAACCAUGAAGUCAUAAGUCAACCAAGUUAUAGUGAUGCUGUUGACUUUUCAGAUUCAAAGGUUGAAGACUCUUUAGUCUUGAAAAAGUCAAAUAGCAUGAAGGGCAUUGUUGUCAGAAGCGGGAACUUUUCAGCUAGUAGUAUCUCUUUAGAUGAUCUUUCAUAUGUGAGAUAUUAUAGUACAAAUACAAAUAGCAUGAGAAGCUCUUUGGGACGUGGGAGUUUAUCUGCUUCAUCUUCUUUUGACUUUGGUCAAACUACAAAUACACAUACAGACACUCGAUUAAAUCGUAACAAAAAACAGCAUCAACGAAGUGUGUCAUCUUUUUCUCGAAGUUCUAGUCAUGCUUUUCAUCCUUCAAGUGUUGGAACAAGCACUCUUGAUUCGUUUGAGGUAUCCAGUGUUCAUGUAGUGAAAGAUGUUGCUGACGUGGCAUCUAUAACAUGUCCUCAAGAAACCACCCCAUGUGAAAGCGACACAUGGACUGAAAAUGAAGAUGUGGAUAAUCAAACAGGUCAUGAAUGUUCAAAUGUUGAAGAGAGUGAGGAAGAGGAAGAUACAGGUGUAAGUGUUUGUGUUGCAGAAGUUGAAGUUGAAUUGAGUGUGAUUUCGGAAGGAGAAAUUGAUCAAAGUUGUGCUUCUCCUCCUGUUUCACAAUGUAAUGCUUCAGCUAUAGAUGAUGACAACAUAGAAGAGGAACCGCAAUCGGAAUCGGAAUCGGAAUCGGAAUCGGAAUCGGAACCGGAAUCGGAAUCGUCGGUGUUAGUCGAAGAUGAAGGAAAAACGAAAGGAAGAAGGCUAACACUAGAAGAAGCAACAGAGACAAUACUCUUUUGCAGCUCAAUAGUCCAUAACAUAGCCUAUGAAGCUGCAACUUUAGCCAUUCAGAAACAACAUUCAGAUGCUUCUCAAACUGAAGACAACAAUACUUCAUCUUCAGGGCCACUUAUUCCAGCCAUAGGAAAGCCUACAAAAGAGAUUCAAACCAAAAAAACAAAAAAAACAUCAUCAAAGUCUCAGAAAAACAGACACAAAAAGGUGACGACUACAAAACCUCCUAACAACAACACAAAUACAAAUGAGGAAACUGAUUUGGUAAAACCACGUAUUGUUUAUCCUAAUAAUAAAGAGAAUAGGAGACCUCCAAAACUAGAAUCUAAAUGCAAUUGUAGUAUUAUGUGAGAGAAAGUGUUUUGAUUUUUGGGUUCUUCCACUUGGUUUUGACUUUGGUUGAUUGUGUAAGUAUUUUUGUAAAGAAAGUUAAUUAGUAGGUUAGAUUUGGUUUGUAUUUUUAUUUUUUAUUUUUUUAUUAGUGAUUUGGGUUUGGUAUUUAUAUGUUAUAGAGGAGAGCAGAAUGAUGACCUAAGUGUUGUUUAUUUGAUUGUGGUACUAGUGCUGCUAUGCAAUUGUUGAUUGACUUUUGAAUCUGUAACUUGAGAGGU